AUGUUUGCAAUUUUGCACUUGCAAUUUGUCAACAUUUGGAAUCGAGACCUGUGCCAGUUGGGCAGCGUGGCAGUUGGGACCAACGAGUUCUUGGUGGAACCCAACUUCGAGCCUGGAGCGCUAGGGAACUCUUUUCUGCUGGUCUACACCCAGUCCUCCUUGGUGGAGCAAACCGGAAAUGCUGCCAUUGGAAUUUUUGACAUUGAGGCUCGCGUGGAUUCUGUGUCGUUCACGGACUUGGACUUGGAUCCACUCGAGAUUGGAGGCAUUGUGACCUGGAACGAGCCCUUCGAUACAUCCCAGGUUGCAUUCUAUGAUGUCUACCUGGGCUUGUCCGACGCAGGUGAGAAUCGGUCUCAGGUGGAGAGCCCGGUUGCUGUGCUGAACACCCAACUGGUCCUGUCCGCGGACACUGCCCAGGGCUUCUCCAACUACUUGCUGGUCUACAGUCGAUCGACCCUGGUGGAGCAGACAACUCCGGCGUUUCAGGUCAUAGUGGACCAAAGUGCUUCCGUUUCUGCUGUGGCCUUCACCGAUUUCGACGUGGACAUGGUGACCUUGGUGACUCAUUAUGCAGCUUACUUGGCGGACGAGUACACGGGGAAUCGAUCUCAGGUCUCUCAAGAUGUGGCAGUUGGAGGUGUGACACAGUUGAGCGUUGCCACGGACACUCCAAAGGGAAGCUACACCCAGAUUCGUGUCUAUGUGAAAUCCAGCUUUGUAGAGCAAAGCACUGCACAACAGAUUACCAUCAGUGACACGGCAACACUUUUCGACUACCUCAACUUUACAGACGAGGAUUUGGAUCCGGAACACUUCGGAGGCGUACUGGAAUGGCCAGACCCACAAGAUGUUUCCUUUGUCGAGCACUACGUUGUGUAUGUGGGAGAAUCCUGGAACGGCACUGGGCGUGUGGAUGUCUCUGGUGAGUUGCCCGCAGAGAACAGGACAUUUCUCGUUCCACAAGAUCAGACAUUGCCGUACCUCCUUUUGUACACCAAAUCUGCGGCAGGCGAACAGAGCACUCCUGAAGCUAUCCAAAUGAGCGAUGGUGUGGUGUCGAUGUCCGUAAGCUUCACAGACCAAGAUUUUGAUGCAGAUGAGCUGGGUGGAACUGUGUACUUUUCUUCUUCAGGUGAUGUAAAUCUGGUGGAUGUCUACAGAGUGUACUUGUCAGUCGACCAACUUGGUACCGGUCGAUCUCAAAUUGCGGGCGACAUCCCACAAAACUCGUCGGAGGUAGAUUUGCCGUCGGACACAGCCUUGAAUGGUUUUCAGUACGUCUUGGCUUCCGCAAAGUCUCUCUUCGAACAAAGCACACCCAGCAGCAUCGGGAUCUCAGAUAUCUCGCUGGGCGUGACUGAUCUCAACUUUCAAGACGAGGACUUGGAUCAGCAAGAGUUGGGUGGGCUCUUCUCGUGGGUGGGCUCCAACUCAUCCUUGGUCACUGACUAUGUGGUGUACCUAGCCACCAACACCAGCAAUGGCUUUGGCUCUUCGCAAUAUGUGGGCACCGCCCCUGUGGGGACCAACCAGCUGCUUGUACCUGACAGCACAGCUGCCGGCGCCUUCACCCAUUUGCUGGUAUACGUGAGGUCUAGCUUUGCUGAGCAGACCACACCCAGCAGUUUGGAGUUCUACGAUGCUUCUGCAACUGUGGGAAGUGUGGCAUUCACAGACCUGGAUUUAGACGCUGGAGAGCUGGGUGGCAACAUCACUUGGCAAGAGCAGGGCGACGUGGCCAUAGUCUCGCAGUACGUGCUGUACAUGGCCAAUGCAAGCACUCCCAUCGACUCUGUGUCGGUUGGGUUUGCCGAAGCAGUGGUGCCUCCGGACACAGCAACCAAUGAAGCCACAGAGCUUCAGAUCUUUACAAGGCACUAAACAGAGAUGAGUUGCGGCGAAUGAGUUUGAUGCGAGUCCAGCAACAC